AGAUCAAGUCGGGGUCAAACCCCAUUUCUCAUUGCAAACCCGGCCCGGAAAAUAGCCCGCUACUGAUAUUGUUUUGGGUCCUUCCGGGUCCAUAACCGGGUGUUUGCAGAAUCGGGGUGAUCAAAAUGGAAGUAGAAGGAGGUGAGGAGGUGACAUGGAGCAGAGAAACAGUUCCCAAGGUUGUGAAGAUAGUGAGCACAAGACUCCCUCAGAGAGACCUCAUCUCUCUCUUGCUACUCAGCCCAUGGCUCAACGCUACUCUCAUCUCCCACGCUUCCCUUUGGCUGCUUAUCGAUUUUCGUGAAAUGAAUAAUGCUGGGAAUCGCCUAAUAGCUGCUCUGUCACUGCCGCGAUAUCGGCAUGUGAAGCACAUAAACCUUGAAUUUGCACAAGAUAUUGAAGACAAACAUCUUGAACUCAUAAAGAACAAGUGUUUUGGUUCUCUUCAAAACCUUGAAGUUUUGAAUCUGAAUAGCUGCCAGAAGAUUUCUGAUAAGGGAGUUCAAGAUAUAACCAGUGCUUGUGCCAAUCUGAAGGUCUUUUCUAUUUAUUGGAAUGUGAGGGUGACAGAUACAGGUAUAACACACCUGGUGAAAAAUUGCAAGUAUAUCAUUGAUCUGAAUAUAAGUGGCUGUAAGAAUCUUUCAGACAAAAGUUUGCAACUGGUUGCUCAGACUUAUCCAGAAUUAGAGUUGCUGAAUCUGACAAGGUGUGUCAAGUUAACAGAUUUUGGCUUGCAGCAGAUAUUGAACAGUUGCUCCAGUCUCCAGAGUCUCAACUUAUAUGCCCUGUCUAGCUUCACUGAUGAAGCUUACAAGAGGAUAUCACUUCUAACCCAUCUUAAAUUCUUGGAUCUAUGUGGUGCCCAGAAUCUAUCAGAUGAAGGGCUUUCUUGUAUAGCUAGAUGCAAGGGCCUUCUGUCUCUCAGUUUGACAUGGUGUGUACGUGUCACUGAUGUGGGGGUCAUAGCCAUUGCAGAGAGUUGCACCUCUCUCGAAUAUCUCAGCUUAUUUGGGAUAGUUGGGGUGACCGAUGCAUGCCUGGAUUCCCUCUCAAGGACCUGUUCGAACACAAUUACUACUCUUGAUGUGAAUGGAUGUAUUGGAAUUAAGAGACGGAGUCGUGAUGAAUUGCUUAAAUUGUUUCCAAAGUUGCGGUGCUUCAAAGUGCACAGCUAACAUUUGCCAUACAGAAUCCACAUUGCGGAUGAGAAAUGCUUCUAAGAAACGGCAACUUACACAUUUUGAGUGCUUAGUGUGUUGUGGCAUGUCAAAUUUUUGCAUUCACUCUUAAUAGGACCUCAGGAAUCUCAAUCUGUAAUUUUUUUUCUCAUCCUGUUCUCAGCAUUUAUGAACAAGUACAGAUUUUCUGAUAAAACAUUGAAAUGACUGUUAUGAAUCAAACGACUCCAAGUGAUUUUGGUUUUGCCUUAUA